UCUUGCAAAAAUAGAAAUAAUUUGCUUCUUAUUUCUCAUUGUUGUCUCUCUUUCUUGUUAUUUGGUAUUAAGAUUACAAAAUGGCCAUUAAAACAAAAAUAUUGUUCCUUGUUCUAGGCUUGGUUUUUUGCUUAUAUGAGGUUACAAAAGUGGCUGCAACACCUGGUGCAUCUUCCGUUUUUGACGUCACAAAAUUUGGAGCCAAGGGAAAUGGCAAACCUGAAUACACUGAGGAUAGCGAAGAUGCCAAUUCUUUGGCAUUUAUUCAAGCAUGGCAAAAAGCUUGCAACAGUAUAGGACCAUCAACGUUGUUAAUCCCCAAAGGAACAUUUGUUGUGGCACAAGUCUUAUUUGCCGGACCUUGCCAAUCUCAUGUAACUGUUGAACUUCAAGGAAAUAUCUUAGCUGACUCUGAUCCUAGUAUGUUCCCUAAUCAAGAAUUAAUAGUCUUCCAACAAGUCGAGGGUGUCACGUUUACAGGUGUCGGAAGCAUUAACGUUAACCAGCCAGCUCAACCGUGUGAUCCUGAGAAAAGUUUUGAGUUCAGUGAAGUCAUGCCUAGUAUUAAGUUCAGCAAUGCUACUGGUUGUAAGAUGAAUGGGAUACAUUCCAUGAAUCCUUCUGCAUUCCACGUGUUGAUUGAAAAUAGCCAUGAUAUAUCUAUACUUAACUCCAAAUUUGAAGCUACUACUGUUAAACCUAAUACUCACUCUAAUGGAGUCUACAUUAGUGGAUCCAGUUUGGUGUCUGUAACCAACAGUCUCAUUAAAACUGGUGAUGACUGUAUUACUGUUUCCGGAGGUUCUACUGAUGUCACUAUUACUGGAGUUACUUGUGUCGCCGGACAAGGAAUCAGUGUUGGAGCACAACUGGAUGGUUUUCACCCUGAUUAUAAUGUAAAGGGGGUGAAAGUUAAGGGUUGUACUUUCAAAGGAACAACAUUUGGUGCAAGAAUCAACCCUCGCCCAGCAGACAAACCAACACAAAUAUCAAACAUUAUUUUUGAAGAUUUAACGAUGGACCAAACCGUAAACCCAAUCGCAGUUAAACAAAAUUAUCCUCCUGCUCCAGAAAAGGCAAUUUUAGCGAAGAUCACAGACGUACAUUUCAAGAAUAUAAAGGGUACAACAACAACAAAAGCAGCUCUAUCAUUUGCAUGUGACAAGGCUACUUCUUGUGAAGGAAUAGAAGUGGUUGAUGUGCUCAUCAAUUUCACUGAAACUGGAAAGGUGGUUCAAAACGUUCUUUCAGCAUCAUGUGCAAAUGCUAAAGUUAUGUUUACAGGAAACGAUGGAGGAUUAAAUUGCCCAUAAUUAAUUAAAUAUGUUAUUUACUAAGUUUUGUUUAAAAUAUAAAUAAAAUUAAUUAAGAUGAGAACAAGUAGAAGUGUUACAGGAACUAAAAGUAAGAAAAAUGAAGCCAAUAUUAUUAUUGUAUGUAUUUAAACAUUUCAAAAUUCUUUAAUACAUGUGAUUGUUAUUAGGAAUUUAGAGUAGGAAAUAAUUUAUACAGUAAAUGUGAUCAAUGCAAAUGCAUAAAAAUAUAUACAAACAUAUUGUGAAUGGCCCUCAACUGAGCAUGUCAAUGUCGUCAAAUGGGCCUAAGCUAGAUGACAUUCUAUCAAUCGAGGUUAAUUUGGAUCUCUUUUAAAACUUUAGUGAUAUUUCAUCUUAUAAUUAAUUGACAAUAUUGUAAGAUUUACACUUACUCCUUAACCUUGUAAAUGGGUAGUCCCUUCACUUUCAAGACGUUGAAUGAGUUUUUCAUGUAA